AUGAGGUGGCUAACGUUUGCCAUUCUUGGCUCAAUUGCUGAUGCUAAAAUCACAGCAAAAGCCCGAAAAGCAAAACUGGAAGAAAUCACGAACAGCGGAACGAAGAUGGCUGAAAUCAGCGCAACACAAUUCAAAGAUCUCAUUUCCGAUGGUUUGGAAUCGAAGGCAGAUUAUUCAAUUGUAGUUCACUACACGGCGCUUCCGGAAAGAUUCGGAUGCAAAAUUUGUGAACAGUUCAUGAAGGAGACUGGCUAUGUUGCCAAGGCAGCGCAACAAGGCGAGAAGAAAGUGUAUUUUCUCUCCGUCGAUUUCGGCGGUAUUCAAAUGCAGAAGGCUUUCCAGACAUUUGGAAUUCAAAACGUCCCAGCCCUCGUGAUUGUCAACGGAAAGGGAGGAAUGCCAAAGGAGUCGUUCAAGCUGCUGACGAACCAAAUCAGAAAAGAGCGAGAUUUCAGCUCACAAGUUGUCGAUUUUGUGACGCUCAAGAUUCCCGAUGCCGUCUUUGGAAAAAUCGUCAAACCGGUUGACUUUACGCCGAUUCUGAUCGCGGGUUUCUUCGGCCUUUCAAUCACCGGAGCUCUUUAUGCUCUCCGAAAUGUGAUUUUCAACAGAUACGCUGUCGCGGCCUUGGUAAUUGCUUUCUGCAUGAUCACGACAUCUGGCUAUACUUUCUGUCAAAUCCGAGGAGCUCCUGCUAAGGGACGCGAUGGGUCGAUCUUUGCUCAAGGAGGGCGAAUGAUGUACCUAUCAGAAGCGUACUUGAAAAUGAUGGCGGAAGCUGGCGUGGCCGUCGGACUCGUGGUGAUGAAUGGAAAGGGCCCCCUUAGGAAUACAGUUGGCCUUGCUGUUGCCUUUGUUUCGUAUGUUGUUCUCCUAGCUGCCUUCCAAGUUAAAACACCACACUAUCCUUACGGAAUCGCCGAUCUCUUCUAA